GACCGGGAUCGCCUGCGGCGCCUGGGGGCGCCGGCCGGGCGGACGGAGGGUCAGUGUGUGCUGUGGACUGGUGGAGUGCGGUGCGCCAAUACACAACACAUGGCGCGGUCGGUAGAUUAUUGAACUUACAAUUCCAUCCAUGAUCUCCUAGUGCAGCAAGAAUCCUCAGGGGACGCAAAAUGACGGCAGAAGCGGCAGUUGAGCGCCUGACGGAGAUGCUGAGUCAGCAAAUGGAGACGGCGGCUCGAGACAGGAUGGAGGCACGCGAGAGAGAAGAGCGGCUAACAGAGCGCCUUCUGUCUCUGGCUACCUCUACACAAGCCGCCUUACAAGACCGUCAGGUACGUGCUGCUGAAGCAGGUGAGACGGCACAGGGUGCGCGUUUGACUACUAGCUCACUGCCCUCUGCUGCGCUGGCAUCGGCCCCGCACCUCGUAUCUGGCGCGUCUUUGAGAGAAUUUGCCGUCUGGAAAGAUAAAUAUAAGGGCCAUUGUAAAUUGACACGAAUGAGUCAAUUAUCACACGAGGAGCAAAAGGCUGCACUGAUAGCACUACUUGAUGAUGACUUGAUCAGACUGUUGAAGUACUCGUUGGGCGUUGACUUGGAUGACGCGAAUGUGACGACUGACGUCAUAAUUCAGCAGAUUGGUGACCACUUACGCAAACAGAGAAAUGUCAUUCUAGACCGACGAGAUUUUUUUCAACGGGUUCAAGAGGCUGGAGAAUCGUUCAAUGAUUUUUUGAUGGCGAUCAAAGAAAUUCACGACUUUUGCAAUUUCUGUGACCAUUGUCAGGACGAUCAGCUUCGUGACAAGAUAGUUACGGGCAUUCGUGAUACGAUAGUUCUAGAAGAGCUUCUGGCCGAUGAAUCACUCACGCUGCAAAAGGCAAUCAACAUAUGUCGAGCUCGCGAAAACGCCCAGUGUGGUCGCGAUGAACUCCAAAGUCAUUAUUUGUCCGCUAACCGUGUAUCUGCAGCCCAGAGGGGCAAACACGCCCCGGUUAAGAAGUGCGGUUUCUGUGGUGAGGAAUGGCACGCUGACCUGGCCGACUGCCAAGCCCGUUCCAGCACCUGCCAGGCCUGCGGACGGCGUGGCCACCUGGCGGUGGCCUGCAGAACCAGCGCUUCAUCACGCGGCCGCCAGAUGAGAGGGCAGCCGGUGCCCAGCCGGAGCCAAUCAGCGGCAUCUCAGGGCACUGCAGAGGCGCAGCGAGACCCCUCGAGACGGCGCUCUGGAAGAGAGAGCAAUGGACAUGCUGAAGCUGGCGUGAAGUCAGUCAAACGACUGAUAAUGAAGACGACCCAGCACGGCGAACUGGACUGUGACGAGUUCGCAAGGGGACUUCUCGAGCUACGGAACACCCCUGGCGAGCACGGGCGGUCGCCUGCCCAAAUCCUGUUUGGACACCCGCUACAGUCAUCAGUCCCGGCUCACCGCAGGGCAUUCGCUGUCGAGUGGCAGACGGCCGCUGAGAAGUACGACCGGUCUCGCGCUCACGCAACUGAGUACGUACGUGAUCAUUACAAUAGUACUGCCAAGCCUCUCCCCGCCGUGCGCAUCGGCACAACCGUCGAUGUGCAGGACUCGCGUACGGGCCAGUGGGACAGGACGGGCAUCGUGGUCGGCGUGGGUGAUCAUCGUGAUUAUCUCGUAAAGUUGCCCAGUGGUCGUGUAUUGUGGCGUAACCGGCGAUUUUUGCGCCCCCAUCGUCCGCUGUUACCUUGUUCGUUCCGCCCAUGUAGCGUUCCGUCGCCGCCUGCACGUGAUAGUUCGCCCGCGGAACGUGACGACUCUCGGCUCGUCCGAUUCCGCCUCGAUGGUGUUGAUGCGCCCUCUGUGGCGCCGUGUGCUCCCACUGUCACCUGUGAGCCUGCUCCAUUGCGUCGCAGUGAACGUGCGCGCCGUGCUCCAAGUCGCUUGGUUAUUAAUCCGCGGUUGAAGUCCUAUGAUUAAGGCACUGUGCCCACGUUGCGGCACUCGCUGUAGUUUUGUUACGUUGGUACGUUUGUGUCCAUGUGUAUGUGGCGCAGAAACAUUUUCUUUUUCUUAAACUUAAACUGUUGUACCAGUGCAGUGUCACAACAAUUUGGGGGAGGUGUACCGGCCCGUACCUGUGACCGACUGUGAUGGGCUGACCGGGAUCGCCUGCGGCGCCUGGGGGCGCCGGCCGGGCGGACGGAGGGUCAGUGUGUGCUGUGGACUGGUGGAGUGCGGUGCGCCAAUA